AAGCAUAUUGUCUCGUUAGUUUUUGUUUCGCGAGUUUUCUAGUCGCGGCCACGCGGUUGUCUCGAGAGCCAAGAACAGCGAACCGCUUGGCUGGGACACGGCAACAUACCUUCCUUCCCACAAACACAACCCCAUGUCAAGAAGUGACCCUCCACGCCUCCUAACUGCGUCCGAACGAGCUCGUCUGGAGGAAUUUAUAGAUCAAAUUCACUAUUCUCCUCGUUAUGCAGACGACGAGUUUGAGUACCGCCAUGUAAUGCUUCCUAAGGCGAUGCUCAAGGUUAUUCCUAGAGACUAUUUCAACCCAGAAACCGGUACUCUUCGUAUCCUAAAAGAAGAAGAAUGGAGAGGACUCGGUAUCACACAGAGUCUUGGUUGGGAGAUGUACGAAGUACACGUGCCCGAGCCCCAUAUCUUGCUUUUUAAGCGGGAAAAAGACUACCAAUUAAAAUACGCACAGCGGAGAUAAGCUCUCGCGUGUGAGGGGUCAUGCACACGUAUUGCGGGGGAUCUACGUGCUUAUGGCUCUUAUACGAAAGCAAUGUCCAUUGAAAGUAUCAUCCAUUCAUGUAAACAAAGAGCAUUCUCGUUCAUAGACGACGAAAAACGAAACGAAGAAACAAUGGCAUUGAUGCCGGUGGGGUGAAGGAGAGGUUGGUUGGUUGGUUG